AAUCUCUGAAUUUUUCAAUUUGAGACUUUCUUUCUUCUCUAUCUUUUUUCCCGAUUCACUUCAAUUUCCUCCCAAAUUUCCCGAAAAAUCAAAGUUCAUUUGCGAAGGAAAGAAAACCGAGAGAAAGAAAAAUGCACGAUUUCUGUUUCACGAUUCCUUACGGAUUGGCAUUAGUCGGUGGAGGAUUGUUCGGUUUCAUCCAAAAAGGAAGCACCGCUUCACUCGCCGGAGGUGUCGGCACCGGUUUGGUUCUCAUCCUCGCCGGUUAUCUCAGUCUCAGUGCCUUCGGAAAGCGGAAGAACUCGUUCCUUGCUCUCGCUAUUGAGAUCCUUUGUGCAGGCGCACUAACUUGGAUCAUGGGGCAGAGAUACUUGCAAACAUCAAAGAUUAUGCCAGCUGGUAUUAUUGCAGGACUAAGCGGCGUCAUGACUCUGUUUUAUAUCUUCAAACUAGCAACUGGUGGCAAUCAUAUACCUGCUAAGGCUGACUGAUGAAAAAGUGAUUCAUCAUAUUACUAUAAUUCAUAUAUGUUGAGUGACCUACAUGAUUUAGAUGGUUGUACUUAGUGAUUUCAAAGUUUCGAACAGAUAGUUGUCGUUGUUGUAUGUAGAGAAUUGGUUUUUUUUUUUUUUUCAUUGGGAUCUUCCUGAAUGCAAAAUAGACUGGUUGUUACAUUAUUCACAAAUUCGAUGAAAAUUACUAAUGAAAUGUAUUAUGAUUUAUGACC